CCCAGGAGGUAUCAGGGAGGGCAAGAGCAAACACGGUUUUUCUUAUGUUUAAAUCCUAACCCUAAGGCAUCUCUAUAAAUUUUUUUAGAUUUUCGGACCGCACGGGCCAACGUGACUGUUAGUUCCUAGAAUUCAUCAGCGUGGGUUCCACGUUGAUACCGUGUGCAGAUGAGCAAGCAUCCAAUCCCUUGUUUGACGGUACGUGAUUGUACUUGACAUAUCGAUAGCAACAAAAAAUGGUGCUUGUCCGACUCAUUAACGUCGCUGGGGACUUGUUCCAUCAUGUCUUGCUGGAAGAGGACGACAAGCCUUGUAUUGUGGGUGACUUGCGCUCUUCUCUGAGCUUCGCGCGCAAGAUCCCCACGUGCAUGCUCGCAGUUUUUCUGCAUGAGGAAGAUCGGAGAGACGAACAGGUCUUUGCGGAGCGGGAUGAGCCCUUGGUAGACGAUACGAUCAUUUCCGAAAAUACGGUGUAUCGGGUUGCGGAGAAGACGUGGCGGUCUUUGCUCCGCGACGAAGAUUUUGAUCUAACCAGAAUAGUGAGGAGGAAAAGCGGUAGAGCCGUUGCAGGUUACGACGCAGAAGAUGACGGGACUGUAUUAAGGACAUUGUGAUUGGCAAAGUUACUAAUGUGACCAGAGGUGGAGGACUUCAUUGAUAUUCAACGAACGCGUGGUCGCCCAACCCGAUGUACUUCUCGAUGAGCAUCAGUAUUCUGAGUAGAGUAUUCAUCAAUAGAUGCAGUUAAUUACCUAGGAACUAACAUUUCACAGCUUUGAGUCCCGCUCUAAUCAUUAUGAUCCGCCGAAUGGCAUCCAGCAGUCUGGAAAAAAUAAGAGUCCAGAGGUCGAUGAUAGAAGUAGUGACAGUGAUAGCGAGGGUUAUCGCAUCGUCCUAG